CGAACUGAGGACGGCGCAAGACGGGCUGGUGCGGGUUGGGACGUAGAGGGUUACAGGGAUGGGAUGCUUCAGUUCGAAGCCCAAGGACUCGCAGCGAGCCAGUCUCGAAGAUAGUCACCCUGAGAAAAUUGACUUAGGUCGUCUUCAAUGAUACAAGUUUAUGAGCUUUUGUGAAAAAAAAUUAAAAUAAAGAGGAUUUCUGACAAACUUCUAGAAGAGCAACCGUUGUUGUCGAAUCAAGCAUUUUCUCGUCGCAUGUGGGAGUGAUAAUCCAAACUUCCAGUUUCAGUGUGAAAAUGGAAGAUUGGCUGAACUCGAAGCUGUGCCAGAUUUUAAGGAGUAUUCACUGGAAACGCUGAAAGCAGCUACUAGGGGGUUUAGUGCAGAGCUUAUUGUCUCAGAAAGUGGGGAGAAAGCACCCAACUUUGUGUAUAAAGGCAAGUUCGAUGAAAAUCGAUUUAUUGCUAUUAAGCGCUUUCCUAAAUCGGCAUGGCCUGAUGCAAAGGGCUUUGCGGAUGAGGCUUGGAAUGUGGGUCGAGUAAGGCAUGAGAGACUCGUGAACCUGAUUGGCUACUGCGUUGAGGAUGAUGAAAGACUACUUGUUGCUGAAUUCAUGCCCCAUGACACUCUAGCGAAACAUCUCUUUCAUUGGGAGAAGCAACCAAUGCUGUGGGGCAUGCGGGUGCGUGUUGCCCUUCAUGUCGUGCAGGCGCUUGAUCAUUGUUCAAACAAUAAUCUUCGCCUUUACCAUGAUCUGAAUGCUUAUCGUGUGAUGUUUGACCAGGAUGGGGAUCCUCGAUUAUCUUGUUUUGGUUUGAUGAAAAACAGCAGAGAUGGCAAGAGCUAUAGCACAAACCUGGCAUAUACACCUCCUGAGUAUUUACGCACAGGAAGGGUGACACCAGAAAGUGUAAUUUACAGCUUUGGAACUAUGCUACUAGAUUUGUUGAGUGGAAAGCACAUUCCUCCGAGCCAUGCCCUGGAUUUAAUACACGGGAAAAAUUUACUCACGCUAAUGGACUCCCACUUGGAAGGACAAUUCUCGAAUGAUGAUGGCGCAGAGUUUAUUCGUCUGGCAUCACGAUGUUUGCAGUUUGAACCACGUGAACGACCCCAUCUGAAGAUGCUUGUGACUGCACUUUUACCUCUUCAGCGGAUUACUGAGCCAUUAUCACAAGAAGUGUCACUGCUGGAGGAAGCCUGCUCUCGCAAUGACCUUGCAGCAGUGCACAAGAUUCUCGUCAAAGUAGGUUACAAGGACGAUGAAGGCACUGAGAAUGAGUUAUCUUUCCAGGUCUGGACAAAGCAAGUACAAGAUAUGCUCAAUGCAAGAAAGCGUGGGGACUUGGCAUUCGGGGAGAAGGAUUUUAAGACUGCAAUUGACUGCUAUACACAGUUUGUUGAUGUAGGAACGAUGAUAUCUCCCACGGUCUUCGCUCGCCGAAGUCUGGCUAACUUGAUGAUCGAUCAGGCAGAGCCUGCACUUCGUGAUGCGAUGCAAGCUCAGUAUGUUCUCCCAGAUUUGCCUACUGCAUAUUUCAUGCAAUCCAUUGCUCUUACUAAGCUAGGUAUGCUUACUGAUGCCAAGGACAUGUUGAACGAGGGUUCUCUACUAUAUAAAAAAUUACGAGGCGCGGAGUGAUCAAUCCAGUUUACAACGUCCUCGUUCUAGGUGAUUCCUGCAGAUGUGUUCUUUAAUAUACAAAUGGGGAGGUGGUUAGCCUUCUCAGCCUGCCCCUUCAAAGUUUUUUUUGUUUUCCAAGUUGUGAGUUGGCAAUUGUAUAUUUUUUAGUAGAUGAACACUAGUUUUCGCAGGUUAUUGUCAUUAUCUUGUUAGUGGAAGAUACUCUACCAUGCAGCGGGUUUCAAGCCCCCUUUUACAAUACGGCAGGUUGUGCUCAUAGUAGUAUACGUUUGGGAGAACAUUUAUUAUGUAGGCCUUAAAUCCUCCAACUGUUUAGUGUAGUGAAGGUUUGCAGAGCCUUCCUUUCUGUGUAGUACAUCUGAUACACAUCUUAAGGGGGAUACAAAUUUUGGUUUCUCUUCUAAAAUCGAGUCUUGAGAGGAGAAUGGCAGAGCCGGCUCAAGUGAUUGGCAUUAGACUUGUGAACAGUUUCUUACAUAGGUGAUUGAACUGAGCAUGAAAGUUGGAGGUGCUCAGAUCUGUACAGAUCGCUUUUGAUCGCAUCUCUUCACUAGAUCAUCUUCUGCACGCCUUGCAGCUUUUCAGAGGUAAGCACAAUGGUUUACUUGCCGUGGAUCAUAUGAUCUUGUGAUUGGUAUAAGACUCCUGAACAUUGUCCAGGGAUUUGUCUACCUAAAAGCCCAAACAAAUGUAUCUUUUUUAAACCUAA